AUGUUGGAGAUUCAAGCAGCCAGAGAGAUCACCAUCAAUAUGGAUGCCAUUUGUGCUGACCUCAAUGACCAGCUUGAUGACGUGUCAGCCAAGGGGGGCAUCAGCACAGACCUAUAUGUCUCCAACAACACUUCUCAACUUGAAUCCCCCCAACUUGGUCUCUACAGCAACUACACUUUGUCAUUGCCUGAACCACCUAGUAUCAAGUCCUCAGAUCCACUAGCCCUGCUCAGCUUCAUGGCCUUCACUAUGAGAUGCACUGUCAAGCCAGCAAUGACAUCUCUUGGACAUUACCAUGACCAAAUGGCAUUUGCAACCACAGUGAUGAAUGGCAUAGCCCUAACUGCCAGCAGCCAACAACUCCUAGUGCCAAUGGUAUCCUACUAG